UUAGCAAACUUGAAAUGGCUGCAGAUGAUGAAGGUGAUGUGUUUGAAAUAACUGAUUUUACAACAGCAUCAGAUUGGGAGAGGUUCAUAUCACGUGUCGAGGAAAUACUGCAUGAAUGGAAACUUGUGACAUCCACACCAAAACCACCUGCACCAAAGGGAGGCUACACCACUGGUAAUUGGGAGGAGCGGACAGAGUUGUUGAGCUUUGCUGAUUUCAAGUUUUCACUGACCCAUAUCUGGCUUCAAGAACCUCAUGAUUCAGAUCAUGAAAAGUCCACAGAGAAGGAAAGUGUGGAAGAUGAGAAUGAAGACAAAGACAAAGAGAUCAUUCCGACAGUACACGGAGAUCUGAUGGACAUGGAUAAUGACUUCCCAUCAAGAGCCCACUGCAUCUGUAGAUGGUACGGCCUUCAGGAUUUUGUGACGUUGACCCCGGCCAGUAACGUGGGGGCAGUCCUGGGGGAGAGUAAGCUCAAGAUACUGCUGUCCUCUGUCAACAUAGCUCUCACUGAUGCCGGCUGCUGCGUGCCAGUGUUCAUACAGAUCCACCAGAAGUGGCGACGCCUCUACCAGGGUGUAUGUGUGCUGCCGGGCUCCAGCGUAGAGUUUGGCAUGGUCCACCUGCAGAGAACCCCGCCCCAGUACAACCACCUGGCGGGGCUACUGGAUGUCUUCAAAGCAAAACUGGGUUCUGUAGUUGACCCCCGGCCCCCUGUUUCCGUGGCUGUGAGGUUCCUGUACAUGCUGAACGAGUGGGUCAACUCCCCCUGGAGCCAACCCCUUCCUGAGAAUGCAAGGAAAAUCAGACGCAUUUCUGAUUUCGAUGGUGAGGUCGGGUGCUCUGGUUUUGACAAGCUGCCCUUCGGAGCGGUAGAAGACCCCGUCAGUGCGCUGAACCUGAACUGCACCUGGCCCAGCCUUUCUGAAGACAUGAUCGUGGAAAACCAAGCAUACUCUGACCUUGACCCCAUGCAGGCCCCACAUUGGUCAGUGCGGAUACAGAUGACUGAGAAUCCACAGUGUCUGCUUGGUGAUUAUCUGACGCGGUUCCUGGCGCUGUGUCACAGGAAGGAGACCUUGGAGCAGUUGCUAGGCAACCUGGCACAGGAAAUGAGGCCCAGUGACUCCACAGGGGACAUCGGUGCAGCCCUUCAGCGUCUCACAGAGCCCUCUGUCUCCUACAACCUGCCCACCCUGGCCUCGUACAAACCCCAGCCCAGCAAGCCAACCAAUCUGAGGGCCCAGCACUCACCCCUGGCUGAGGAUCUCGUUAACCAGAUUAUGCAGUACCUGUUUCCAGACAGCAUUAAGGCUGACUCUGUGGAGGCUAGAACUGCUGCUGAAGAGCAGACAGGGGAGAAAACUCUUCAUACGUUACCAAAGCAGUUAAAGUCUGCCCCUGUGGAUGGUCUGCUAAUCCGUCUGUCCGUCUGUCUGUGUGUGCUGAACCACAACCACGGGGGAGUGCUGGCCGUGGCCCAGCUGUGGCAGGAGUUUGUAGAAGAGAUGAGAUACAGAUGGGAGCAGUCCAUCUUGAUUUAUGGGAUAGAGGCUGGUCCACCAAACCUGGGAUCCUGUAUACUGCAGCAGAAACUACAGAUGUUGAAUUGUUGCAUACAGCAUAGGAAAAAGAGGGAGCAGUUACACAGUGGUUACUCCGGAGAGCCCAGUUCCCCUUUUAGGGGCCCCUCCACCUCCAAGGUGGCAAGGUCACUGUCUCAGGAAGAGGCUAUAAAUAGCAACCGAUCUAUAAAUAGAUCUGGGGCAAGUGCAACAAAAAAUGAAAACAGGGAAGACCCAUCUAAAAAAACUCACCAAUCUAUCGACUCUCCUACAAAGAGAAAUGUCAAUUCUAAAAGAAGUAACACUGAUAAGCCAACAGAGGGACAGAGAUCUGGAAGCACUGGGGACUCCAGUGAGGAUGAAUUUUUCGAAUGCAAUGAUGCAAGGAGUGAUUCUGAUGAAAAAGAUAUCGAUACUGCAUCUGAAAACCAGUCCACAGAAAUGACCGAAACUGGAAACCUGUCAGAGACUGAGAUGGAUUGUGAGACUGGAGACCAGUCAAGAAAUAUGACUGAGCCCAGUUCAGAGACGACUCAAGUAGCAGGUAUGGAGAACUCCCGGACUAUGGAAAGUUUAGGCAACUUGUCGGGGAUGAGUGACUCACAGUAUAAGGAAAGUUUCACUCACACCCCCGAGGGUCGGCUCGCAGCUUUUGAGAACCAGCGGCUGAUUAACUGUGAUGAGAUGAUGUACGUUCCUGUUACCCAGGAGCCUGCGCCCAUGACUGAAGACAUGCUGGAAGAACAUGCUGAAAUUCUGGCCAAGUUGGGUACAUCAGCUGAGGGAGCAGAACUAAGGGCCAGAAUGCAGAGUGCCUGCCUGCUGUCAGAUAUGGAGUCCUUCAAAGCAGCCAACCCAGGCUGUGUACUGGAGGAUUUUGUACGCUGGUACAGUCCACGGGACUGGAUAGAGGCAGAUGUGGAGGAUGAACACGGCAAAACAUCAUCCACGGGGCACCUGUCCCAACGUAUGCUGAUUCCAGGGAAUAUGUGGGUCGAGGUUUGGCAGACUGCCAGGCCUGUCCCUGCUCGCAGGCAGAAACGCCUGUUUGACGACACAAAAGAGGCAGAAAAGGUUCUUCAUUACUUGUCCUCCCUGAAGCCUGCUGAUGUGGUGGUUCUACUCAUGCCAUGCCUGCUCCACGCUGCACUGCUACGGGCUAUGGAAAAUGAUGACCAGAAUUCUCCAGUGCUCAAACAGGUGAUAGAGCAGACAAGUCUGAAGGCAUCACAGGUCACACGGGCACCACAGCAGGAGGCCAAGAGAUAUGAGGAGUGCAUAAGAAUGCUGAUUCAUGCAGAAGUCCUUAUCUCUCGGAACCAGUCCCUGCAGAACAAGUUCCACCCUGACUUGCUUGAACACAGUGAUGCACGUGCUGAAUUACAGGUGUUUGUCUCCAGCAUCCUUCACAACUCAGAGGUGGCGGUGAGGGGAGGACCCAUGGGGCCUGCGGGUACAGUCAUCAGCAGGAUCUUCCAGGCUGCCAUGAGGUCGUCCUACAUGAUACUGGACGAUGACGAUACCACACCAGCAACCAGCCAACUCAAGCAGGACGACUCCUCCCACAAUUCCUCUGUGCCCAGCUUCCCGCGACCCUCGGCCAGGGAGUACAUACUGCGCACCAUUGUGCCGCGCCCUGCGCCGUACUCACGCACCCUUCCACAGAGGAUGUACUGCUCCAUACAAGAGGAAGAGUUCAGACUGGCGGGGGCUUUCUGUUCUGAUAGCGUGUUCCAGUGAGUUUGAUUGAACACGGCCCGUAAUUCUGAUAAUUGUGAUAGUGUGUUCCAGUGAGAUUGAUUGAACACGGCCCGUAAUUCUGAUAAUUGUGAUAGUGUGUUCCAGUGAGAUUGAUUGUACACGGCCCGUAAUUCUGAUAAUUAUGAUAGUGUGUUCCAGUGAGAUUGAUUGAACAGGGCCCGUUAUUCUUAUAGUGUAUACAAGUGAGUUUCAUUGAACACGAUCUGUAAUGAAGUGUUUUCAAGUGAUUAGCAUUGAACACAGCCCAAAUUUCUGAUAGUGUUCCAGUGAAUUGCAUGGAACAUGGCCCGGAUAUUCACCAACCGAUAAACAAAGUCUGAGGUGAUUAAAACUUAAAUGGCUGAUCAAGUUUAUAUUUAGGCCCUGAAUAUUUGUUAACAAUAAUUUUGUUAAAUUUGAAUGUUUAAAAUUUUAUCUACAAGUAUGUUGGUAAAUAAAUAAGUAUGCUAAAUUA